GGUCAAAAAGGUCAUCUAUGUCAAAAUAGAGGACGAAUCACGAAAGUAACGCGAUACUCAACUAAUUUAAAUUUUCCGGCCGGUGAAAACUUAUUGUCAUAUCUUUGAAUAUCAAAAUGGGUGGAAAAUAUAAAAUUGUUAUGAUUCGCCAUGGCGAAAGCGAAUGGAACCAGAAAAACUUAUUCUGUGGCUGGUUCGAUGCUGACCUCAGUGACAAAGGACGAGAAGAAGCGUUUUCUGCUGGUAAAGCUUUGAAAGCCGAAGGUUACCAGUUUGAUAUUGCACACACAUCUGUACUGAAGCGGGCACAGAUUACUUUGAGCUCUGUGUUGAAGGAAAUUGGUCAAACAGACAUUCCAAUCAAUAAGACUUGGAGAUUGAAUGAAAGGCACUAUGGAGGUUUAACAGGCUUAAACAAAGCUGAAACUGCUGCUAAAUAUGGUGAAGCUCAGGUACAAAUUUGGCGUCGUAGUUUUGAUGUACCUCCACCAGCAAUGGAGAAAGAUCAUCCCUACUAUGAAACUAUUGUGAAAGAUCCCCGCUAUGCUGGUGACCCAAAACCAGAUGAGUUCCCCAUGUUUGAAAGUUUAAAACUUACCAUUGAUAGAACUUUACCCUACUGGAAUGAUGUUAUUGUGCCACAGAUAAAAGAAGGUAAAAAAAUAAUCAUUGCUGCCCAUGGGAACAGUCUUAGAGGCAUUGUCAAGCAUUUAGAUAAUCUUAGUGAUGCAGCCAUCAUGGAGUUGAACUUACCAACUGGUAUUCCCUUUGUCUACGAAUUGGAUGAAGACAUGAAGCCAGUCGAUUCCAUGGUCUUUCUUGGAGAUGAGGAAACAGUGAAAAAAGCCAUGGCAGCUGUCGCAGCUCAGGGCAAGGCAAAGUAGAUUUGUGUUCAGAUAUGUAAGUUACAGAUUCAGUCCUUGUCUUGUUUAUAAUCACCAGACCACCAGUUUAUUCUUAUAAAUGAAUUGUUUAUAAUCCAUAAGAUGUGUAAUAAGUUUAUGCUUGUUAAGAUAUGAUGGAAAUAUUAUGUGUUAUUUUAAUUACAUAGUCUUACAUCAUAUAUACCAAUUACAUAGAAUCUUGUUAAUAAUUAAAUGUAAAUUGCUAUGAGAUUUCAGAAUAUACUUGACUAUUUCCAUCAUAUAAAGUGAUAUUUUUAUUUUUAAGUAAACCAGUUGGAAUCUAUGUUUAUUUAAUAGCUAUUUAUUGAAU